CAGCAGUUACGCGUGGACAUGCGGAAGUGAACGCCAGCAGCCAGAGUUCCUGUUGGAGCAGUGAGCCGAGGGAUGUUGAACAUGUGAGGGGGAAUACUGCCUUUCAACCCGGGACACAACAUGUUCUGCAGGACCGCCGAGGAAAGUUUUGAGCUGUCGGACAGACAAAAGGAGGGUUACAGCACUGAGCCUUUACUUCCUUCAUUGCCCACCCAGAAGACAUAUGACUAUGUACUGGUGGCCCAUCAGGUGGAUGAUGAAAGGGACCAGAAGGCUCAGAGACAGAGAGCCUUCAUCCAGAAGCUAGAAGAGAAAAACAUCACAGUUAAAAGGAUUGAACAUGAUGACAAAGUGUUUUUUGGCAUCCGUGCUCCCAAUGAGAUGUUCAAAGACUACCAGUACCUGCUCAAAGUCUCUGACUCCUGCAACUGGUGUGGAGAUGUAAGGGGCUCUGUCACCCAGGCUACCAGGAUCCGAAUUGUCCAUUUCAUCCUUCAUCAGACCUUCAUCAACACAGGAGAAAACCUGGAGGAACUGAUAAAGAAGGGUGUGUUUGAAACCAUGUUCUGCCUCCAUGAAAGAAAGAAGCAGAAGCAGCUGAAGAAGAAGUGGGCUCGAUGGUCGGGUCUGUUUACAGGACAACCAGUCAACGAUGUCAAGAAUUACUUCGGAGAGAAAGUGGCUUUGUACUACCUGUGGCUGGGCUGGUAUACCAAACUGCUGGUCCCGGCCGCUGCUCUGGGCGUGGUCGUUUUCCUUUAUGGACUUGCCUUUUUCAACUCCAACCCUCUAAUUAAGGAAGUGUGUCAGUCCAGCAUCAUUAUGUGUCCUCGCUGUGAUAAGAGGUGUGUCGUGUGGCAGCUGUCAGACACCUGCACCUACGCUAAGGUCAGCCACCUGUUUGACAAUGAAGGAACUGUGGCUUUUGCUAUGUGCAUGGCAAUCUGGGCCACUCUGUUCCUAGAGCUGUGGAAGAGACACCGAGCCAGACAUGUUUCUCAGUGGAAGGUCUAUGACUGGUGUGAGGAGGAGGAAGAACUCAUUCUUGAAAUAGUCAAUGACCCAAACUGUAAACCCAAUCAGUUCAGACACUCCUACCUGCGCAGCACCUUGGUCCUCUUCUUGGUUACUGUCAUGCUCAUGCUGAUCAUCGGCCUGGCUCAUGCCCUGGUGGUGUUUCGAGUGGUGGCUGCACCCUUAAUGUCUGAGGGCAGCUGGGAGUUCAUCAGGGAUCAUGCCAACACUGUGGCUGUGAUGCUGGGAGCUGUGCUGCACUACCUCACCAUUCAGAUAAUGACCCGGGUAAACAGAUGGGUGUCCCUUAAGCUCUGUGACAUAGAGAAGACCAACUCGUUUGCUGCCACAGAGAGGAACUUCACAGUGAAGAUGUUCACCUUCCAGUUCUUCACUCUCUUCUCAUCGCUCUUCUACGUGGCCUUCUUCCUGGGCAGGAUUAACGGCCAUCCAGGGAACUAUGUCCGUAUCGCUGGAUGGAGACUGGAGGAGUGCCAUCCUAGCGGUUGUUUGACAGACCUCUUCAUCCAGAUGGCUGUUAUCAUGCUGCUCAAACAGACUCUCAACAACAUUUUUGAGUUCAUUGUGCCUUGGUUAAAGAGCUGUCUGAGAAGAAAAACAGCAAAGAAGCUGGAGAGGAAGUGUGGUCACUGUUACAGGAAGUCCUGCCGUGACGAACAGGGACGCAUUGAACCAUGUGACGUCUGCAAACUUCGCCACUGGCUGUCUAAUUAUCACCUGGCCCACACGGAUGCCUUCAGUCUGUUCAAUGAGUUCCUGGAGAUGGUGGUCCAGUUCAGUUUCACCACCAUAUUCGUGGCAGCGUUCCCCCUGGCCCCCCUGCUUGCUCUCAUCAAUAACAUUUUCGAGAUCCGUCUUGACGCCAUCAAAAUGGUCCGCCUGGAGCGCCGGCUGGUCCCUAGAAAGACCAACGACAUUGGUGUGUGGACAAAGGUGUUGGAGGUCAUUGGUGUGUUAGCAGUGAUUGCUAAUGGUUUAGUUAUUGGAGUCUCCUCAGACUUCAUUCCACGCCUUGUUUACCGUUAUCGUUAUGGCCCCUGUGCUAAUGGAAGCACUUCCACACACUGCAUGCAGGGCUACAUAAAUGACACUCUCUCCACGGCUUUUGUAAGACACCAGGCAGUUAGAACUGACUUUAUUCCAGAUCAGAUGAUCACAGACGGCUUCAACGUCACACAGUGCAGCUACAGAGACUACAGGAGUGAUGAAGACUACACUCUGACUUCUCAGUUCUGGUUGGUUUUGGCUGUGCGUUUUGCCUUCGUCAUCCUGUUUGAGCAUGUUGUGGUGGUGUGUAAGUUCAUUGCUGCCUGGUUCGUUCCCAACAACCCCAUUCAGGUGAAGAAUGAUCGGCUGCACGACAAACUGGCCCGUCUGAAAGAGGAGCUACGUGAAAGCAAGCGCAGCAAAACGACAGAUGUCUGACCUGCAGCAGCUGAGUCCGCACUGCUUCCAGUAUCAUAGGAAACGUGAUACUCGUGCUAAGAUUUCACUACACAACCAUCACACUACACACAACUGUCAUGUGAUGUUUUUUAUGUGUGUAAGAAAGUAAAUGUAUUGUCAUUUUAUUUUGUUCAUUAAUUGUUGUUGUUUCAAGAAGAAUGUCUUCCGUAGGGAAAACCUACACUUCAUACAUGGACUGCCAGACAGAACACAGGUUUCAUGAAAAAUGCACUGAAUGAACAGUCAUCCUAAAGCAUUUAUUAUACUAAUAAAUAAUGUAUUGUUUUAUCAUGAGAAAAAACUUGAAAUCUUUUUCAGACGGAAACCGUUGAAAAAAUGAAAUGCAAUGUGUUUUGUACUGUAAACCUAGUGUACAUGCUCCCGUGUAAUUCUGUGUGAUGGCGAAGCCACACAGUAUAGUAUUCGACAUACUUAUCUCAUCUUAUUCUCCUUCUUUCGCCACAAAUGUUGUCAUGCUACUCGCCCGGACAGCCCCGGCCCAAUUUAACCACUGGGUAUUUGUGAGGGAGCUCCAACAUGGCUGAAGCUCACCAAAGUUUAAUAUAUUUCAUAGUUCAACGUUUUGUCAAUUGUUUGGUUUAUUGGUCGAAUACUGGUUUCUAAUGGUUUCUGAGGAGUUUUACUGGAAUGAAAGAGCACAAAGCAGCAUACUACAUUAAACCUGACCUUGACAGAGAGGUUGAAGUUCAUGUGGA